GUGAGGUGUGAAUGGGGACUGACAGACCAGCAAGAGAGCCUACUGACAGUGUGGGUGUUCGUGGGGCUGCUGAUUGGUGCACUGCUGUGGGGAGCCCUUGCAGACAUCUUGGGGCGCAAGGUCUCACUCAUGGCGGCAACUGUGGGAGGCAUCCUCACAAGCACAGUGGCGGCAGUGACACCUACCAUCGGGUGGCUGCAAUUCAUGUUUGGCAUGAUGGGCUUCACCUUUGCGGGCCAGUUCUCUGGGUUGACCUACCUGCUGGAGUUUGUGCCGGCUGCACACAGGGGCCGCUGGGGCGUCGCUGCAGGCCUUUUCUGGAGCACAGGCAUCCUGGGCAACGCCGCAACGGCGUGGCUGGUGUUGCCCUGGCAUGGCUGGCGGGGCCUCAUGGUGGUCACCAACUUGCCGUACAUUGUGGUGCUGGUGCUGUUUCCCUUUGUUCCGGAAUCCGCGCACUACCUUGUGGCAGCUGGGCGACCCCAUCAGGCGCUGAAGUCACUGCAGUGGGCAGCGAGGCUCAACGGUGCCAAUCUGCCAGAAGGCCAGCUGUUGGUGCCAAAGGGAGAUGAUUUAGACGACCAACCCAGGAAUUCCUUAGUGAAGAUCAGAAAGUUCUUGGCAGACACUUCAAGAUUGGUGUCCAAGCCCCUGUUGCUGACGACUGUUCUGGUGAUGAUUCUCUACGUCUGUGCCAAUGUCGUGUACAACAUCAUACUGCUGCUCACAACCCAGAUCCACACAAAGCACACAUCCACGUGUGUGGAUCGGGUCUUCUCCCUGUCAGCAGAGGACUUUGAGGAAGUGCUGAUCGUGUCCUCAGCUGACUUCACAGGCACUUUUCUGCCCAUCCUCAUAAUCGACUUCAUCGGGAGAAAAUGGUCGAUGUUCACACUGUCAGGGGGGGUCGCCGCAUCCCUGCUGCCAGUCUUAAUCGCCGGCGCUGCUGUGGACCCCACUUGGUCACUAUUCGCGGCAAGGGGCCUCACAUCCGCCUGGAAUAAUGUACUGACAGUCUACAGCCCAGAGGUGUUCCCCACAGAAAUUCGAGUGGCAUCCACAGGCAUGGGGAAGAUGUUUGCAGCCUUUGGUAGUAUGCCUGCAGGGUUUGUUGCACAGGGAAUGUUUGACGCGUACGGCAUCAGGGCAUCUGUUGCGGUGCUCAUCGCCCUCACCUGCUUCGGUAUGGUGUGGGAGGUGUGCCUUCCAUUGGACACCACCGGCAAGCCACUGCAAGGGGUUGUUGGCCAAAAGGGCGAAGGCUUGGAAGAUGACAAAGAAGAGGAAGAGGACGUGGAGGGGGAUGCUAGUGUGUGA